AUGCAGGAUGUUUCGCGUGUCACUGUCCAGCAGGACCAUUUGCCUGCCGCAAAUGCUUGGUGCGAAGAGAUGGGUGCCUCCGUCAUGAGCGAAAUUUUGGAGGAUCUUGAUGACUUCGUAGAGGGCAUCGACAUGAGUGAGGAGGAUGCGGAGACUUUAAAGAGGCGCGGGAAAGUGGCUUUGUCAAACCUGUACCAGCGCGGAGAGAUCCUCGAGCAGAAAGCUGUUGUGGAUUCCGAGGAGGAGUUCCAGACAUCUGGCCGGACGUUCCUCAAGAAGCCGAUGAAGAAAGCAAAGUAA